CAGUAGUACUGUAAUAGUGGUAGAGCAACUGGCCUUCGUUUAGAGCCAUUGAGAAGAGGCUGUCAGUCACUGUAGAAUAUGGAGCAAGUUAUUCCAAAAUCUAAAUCCCCUAAUUCAAUCACCGAUCAUCAUACUAGUCUAGCAAGAGUAGACGACUGAGAAGUCCAAGUAAAUCGUGAUCCAGGGAAAUCCGAAUCCUAUCAAUGAAACUCACAAGAGUCCAAGCGCAAUUAGGUUAGGUCCCUCCGCCUGCCUUAUCUUGUGGAUGCAAUCUACAACUAAAAUCAGAUCCGGAUCAGAUGAGCGAGCAAGUUGGUUACAGGAAUUGCGAGUGAGUGUGGCCAAAUUGUCGGAUUCGGACUGGACAUCUCGCACAAAAGUUGGCCGGAUCACACCGCUCAUCUUCAUCAUGCCGCCCUUUACUUUACUGCCAUUGCUGCCUGAAUCGGAUGGCUUCAGUUAGUUCGGGUUUGGACUCCGACGUCCACCCUAUAAUUGGAGCAAAUUACAUGCACCCAAUCUGUCGUUUUGCUUCUCGACUCACCCCAUCUGCUUUGCCUCAUUAUUUUUCGCUACCCUAUCCGCCUGUUUCAACUUGCCUGUUUUGGUUCAUGGUCGUGAAGGCCUCCACGUGUCAUGGUCCUCUUUGGCUGCGAGAGGUUUGAUUUGGACUGCCUUGGUUGUGAGGCUGCCACGUUGCAUUUUUGGGGCUGGCCGGAUCGUGACACUUCCAGUUCCAGGGUGUCGAGAGCCCAAAAAAGCCCAUCUCCUUCCAACCAGGCCCCCCACCCCCGCUCUCUUCUCUUUCAAAAACCCCCCCCGCUCUCACAUCUCUUUCUUCACCAAUUCUUCUCUCCCCGGCCAAUGGAUCCCCAACCCCAACUGAGGAGCAGCAACAACACCACCAGGACUUCCCUUGCAAUGGAGAGAACCGGCCAAUGGAUCUUCUCUCAGGAUAUCCCUACGGACGUUCUCGUCGAAGUCGGUGAAGCCAAUUUCUCCCUCCACAAGUUCAUGCUAGUCGCCAAGAGCAACUACAUCAGGAAGCUGAUCAUCGACUCCAAAGAAACCGAUCUCACGAGGAUCGACCUCUCCGACAUCCCGGGCGGCCCUGAAAUCUUCGAGAAAGCUGCCAAGUUCUGCUACGGCGUCAACUUCGAGAUCACGGUCCACAACGUCGCCGCUCUCCGCUGCGCCGCCGACUUUCUUGAGAUGACCGACGCCUACUGCGACGCCAACCUCGCCGGCCGGACCGAAGACUUCCUCUCCCAGGUCGCCCUCACCACCCUCUCCGCUGCCGUCGUCGUGCUUAAAUCCUGCGAGGAUCUCCUCCCCCUUGCUCAGGACCUCCAAAUCGUCAGCCGCUGCGUUGAGGUCAUCAGCCUCAGGGCGUGCAAUGAGGCCAACUUCCCAAGCCGCUCGCCGCCCAACUGGUGGAUGGAGGAGCUCUCCAUCCUCGACAUUGAAUUUGUAUCACAAAUUAUCCCCGCCAUGAAAAAGCGAGGCGCCAAGCCUAUGGUUCUGGCGAGCGCGCUCGUGACCUACACGGAGAGAAAUCUCCGGGAUCUCGUCCGUGACCACUCGGGCAGCGGGUCCAAAUCGUUCGACCCUGAUUUUCCAGAUCACGAGUUGGAGCUCAGAGCUCAUCAGCGCGAGCUGCUCCAGUCGAUCGUCUCGUUGUUACCCGCCGAAAACGCCGCUUUCCCUGUUCAUUUCCUCUGCUGCCUCCUCCGAUCUGCAAUCUUCCUUAAAACCUCCAUCGCUUGCAAGAACGAGUUGGAGAAGCGGAUAUCCGCCAUUCUAGAGCACGUGAUGGUGGACGAUCUCCUGGUUCUGUCUUUCACCUACGAUGGGGAGAGGCUGUUCGACCUGGAAAGUGUGAGGAGGAUCAUCUCCGGAUUCGUGGACAAGGAGAAGAACAUGGGGGUUUUCAAUGGCGGCAAUUUCAGGGAAUCUUAUUCCACUGCUACCCAGAAAGUGGCUAAGACUGUUGAUGCUUAUCUUGGCGAGAUUGCAACUCAUGCUGAGCUGACCAUCUCUAAGUUCAAUGGGAUCGCUGUUCUCGUCCCUAAAACGGCCAGGAAGGUCGACGAUGACCUUUACCGCGCCAUUGACAUAUACCUCAAGGCGCAUCCAAACCUUGACGAGAUAGAACGGGAGAAAGUCUGCAGCGUGAUGGAUCCAUUAAAGCUCUCCUACGAAGCACGACUUCACGCAUCCCAAAACAAAAGACUACCUGUUCAAAUCGUCCUCCACGCACUCUACUACGACCAGCUGCAGCUGAGGAGCGGCACAACCACAGAAAAUUGCACCACGCCCAUGGCGGCAGCGGCGGCCACAAAGAGCCAGCUACAGACCGAUGUAUCCCUGGUGAGAGAGAACGAGGCGCUGAGAGCCGAGCUAAUGAAGAUGAAGCUUUACAUCACGGACAUUAAGAAGACUGGUGGGAGUCAGGGGAGCUCCGGCAAAGCAGGGGGCUCUGGUAAAAGGGGGACGUUCUUCUCCUCGAUGUCUAAAACUUUGGGAAAGCUGAAUCCUUUCAGACAUGGGUCCAAGGAUACUUUAAACAUCGAUGACAGCGCUGGGAUCGACAUUACCAAGCCUAGGCGGAGAAGGUUUUCAAUCUCUUAAAAGAGUUCGAUUUGUGUGAUCUUGAGUUUAUAAUUAGUGUUGUAUGUGUGAAAGUCAUGUUGCUCGGUGUUAAAACGUUUUGUGUGGUGAGAAAUUUGAUUAUAUUCUAUCGUAGGUAUAUUUUACAGUACGUGUAAUAGUGUUUUGUGGCGAGACAGUUUGAUUCUUUUGUAUUUGUAUAUACGUUUCAUGGCCCUGCUGCCGUUGUAAUUGUUUUCCCCUAGUUCGCCUCUUUUAUUGUUUUGGUGCCGUUUGUUUUUCUUCACAUCAUACAUGUAACACCUCGAAUUUGAGUCCAGAUUUGACAAGUAAUAAAUGUACUGAUUCGAUCGACAAUUACGAACGAGAAACUAGAAUCAAACCAACUAAGUUUAACGAUCACGACACAGUUAAUCAACCAACCCGAACAAAACCAAACGAGCCCUCACCCUCACAAUUAAUCCACCAUGUAAGUAGCUUAACUUCAUUGUUUGAGAUCACUAGGAUCAAUGCCCAUGGCUACACCAUGGGAACUUAGUAUGAUCAUAUAGCGGCAACGACAAGCUUAGGUGACGUCAAAUUAACGGUCGUUGUACUUAUGGCAAUGGUCUUGGUUUAAAAGUUAUGAAAGUGUGUGCAUGAGAUUUUUGUAUGUUGAGUUCUAUAGAUAAUCAGUAAAGUAAAAGAAUAUGUCCCGCAUCACAAUCGCAGGCGAGGAUAGAGCUAUAGAAAUUUUCGCUCUUAUAAAAAAAACAUGCUCUAAAAGUUUCCUACCGAAUUCAACAUAUUGACAUAGUUCUCAGGAGAUACAAACUUAGGGUUAUGUUCAGUUCUGCACCUGAAUCUCUAAUUUCAACAAGUCCUCAUUUUAUCGUUCCCAAAUUUGCAGCAACAUAAACUUCCUGUUUUACAACUCCAAGUAUAACCUUGGAUUAAAAAAAAAAAAAAAUGAGAGGAGCUCUCUCCUCUCUCAUCAAGUUUUGCUGGCUGGCAGGUCGGAUAUUAGCGACUUCGUUCUUAACGAUUCUAGAUAUUAGUUUGGUUAAUCACGGACUGGGAUGGAUCUGUAGGCGCAGAGAUUUAAAGGCUCUUCGUGGGGAAGGAUUGGCAGUCGAUCCUGGAAAGAGCAUGGCGACCUUGACCAGUCUCAAUGGCAGAUAAAGAGCUCAGGAUCAUGUCCCUAAAAAAGAAGACCCCAUUAUCAAAUCAGUAAACGGAAGCUAGGAUUUAUCUUGAUGGAACAUGAAAUUUUUAAUUUUAAUCAAUAUAAAAGGUCUCGAACGUCGAAAAUGGAGGUGCGGAGGUUUAAACUGCUUUCUCCGAUAUAGUUGGUAGGCCUGUCGGUUCGGUUCGGGUCGGGUAACCGAACCCGAAAACCGCAAAAAAUCGAGAAACCAAAACCGAGAAACCAAAACCCGAAACCGAACCGACCAUGUGCUGUGCGGGUUCCGGGUACAGAAACCCGAAAAAUAACUGCGGUUUUGGUUUGGUUCGGGUGAAAUCGAAACCGAACUGGUUUGAAUUUUUUUUUAAUACUUUUGUGAUUUGAAUUUUAUAUUCUUUUGCUUGUACAACCAAUUUUAUUCUUAUUAUUUGUACAUUCUUAUUUAACCAUUAUGUUUAAUUUUCUGGGACGUGGACAUUAUAAAAUUAAUAUUCAUAUAUUAGUUUAUUAUUAAAAUAUUAGUUAAUUAUUAAAAUAUUUAAUUUUAU